AAUAGGGUCAAUUUUAGUUGGCAGGAAAAGAAGGAAACAAAAAAAUAAAAAUUGUCGUGUAAGGCCACGUAUAAUAUGAGAGUGCCACGUAAUAACAGAGCACGUGCCAGCCGUACGCAUACCACGGCCCCCAUUUCAUGCAAAACAAGCAUCCACGCAUUUGCAUUAUAAAUUAAUAACCAAAUCCUGAUUUAGCCGCAACGCCCCUUCCAUGCCACCAUUCUCAUCUCACUUCAAAUAUUUCUCUGUUAAUUUAUUUUUCCCGGCCACCAAUAUAUUCAUUCCUAUAAAUUUCAACUCAAAUAAUCACCACUACACUACUCACAACACUCAAUUUAUCAAUUAUAUUCAUAUUCAGAUUUGAUCAUCAGUUCAACAGAUAUAUCAUUUAUUGAGAUUUGACGAUGACUUGUUCGAAAUCUAUUUUAAUCAUCUUCUUCAUCCUCCUUUCGAAUUUUUCGGUCCAAGUUUUGUCGGUGGUCGAGGAUUGCGGGGCGGAAGAAGAUGACGGCUGCACGAACAAGAAGGCGGCUUUGCCGCUCAAAAUAAUCGCCAUCAUAACAAUCCUAAUCAGCAGCAUGAUCGGAGUCUGCUUGCCACUUGUCACCCAAUCAAUUCCGGCUCUCAGCCCAGAGCGAAGCCUCUUCGUCAUAGUCAAAGCAUUCGCCGCCGGGAUUAUUCUAGCCACUGGAUUCAUGCACGUGCUGCCCGAUUCUUUCGACAUGUUGUCCUCCACCUGUUUGAAAGAAAACCCGUGGCACAAAUUCCCCUUCACUGGCUUCGUGGCUAUGCUCUCCGCAAUCAUUACUCUCAUAAUCGACUCUUUGACAACAAGCGUCUACUCUAAGAAACACAAUUCUGGAGGUGUCAAGCCGGAGUCCGGCGGGGAACCGGAGGAGCUGGCGGUGGUGGAAGCUGGCGGCGGUUAUUCUCAUUUCCACGGCCACCACCAUGGAGCCAAGCUGGAAGUACAGGGUGCACAACUUCUCCGUUACCGAGUCAUCGCGAUGGUUUUGGAGCUGGGAAUAAUAGUACACUCAAUAGUGAUUGGGUUGUCACUUGGGGCGUCUAACAACACAUGCUCGAUCAAAGGACUUAUCGCUGCACUCUGCUUCCAUCAAAUGUUUGAAGGAAUGGGACUUGGUGGCUGCAUUCUCCAGGCGGAGUACAAGUUCAUAAAGAAGGCAGCAAUGGCAUUCUUCUUCAGUGUGACAACUCCAUUUGGAAUAGCAUUGGGAUUGGCAUUGGCCAGCACAUACAAGGAGAACAGCCCUCGAUCGUUGAUCACCGUUGGAUUGCUGAACGCAUCAUCUGCUGGGCUGUUGAUCUAUAUGGCUUUGGUCGAUCUAUUGGCUGCUGAUUUUAUGGGGCCAAAAUUGCAGGGAAGUAUCAAACUCCAAAUCAAGUCUUAUAUAGCCGUUCUCUUGGGUGCCGGUGGAAUGUCGCUCAUGGCUAAAUGGGCUUAAUUGAUGAUAUAUCUAUAUAUAACAUAUGAAUGUAGUAUGAUUGUUGUUUUUGAAGAGAACACAAAAAUGUUGUGUUUUCUAGUUUGUUCAGAUAUAUGUUUUCUAUUGUGUGUCGUUCUUGAUGGAAAUUUCCCUAUUUCAUUGUCUCCACCUUUUGAAAUGUA